AUGGCUGCAAACCUCCCCCCAAUGGCCAUUAUGGAUUUUGUCCAACGCUUUCAAAAUCUGCAGCUGCAGCGCAAUUCCAGUGACGAGCUAAUCAAGGACCUUUUGAUAUACUGUGAACACGUGGAGAGCAGUCUACGGCAUGAAAACGCCAGACUAGGGAAGGAACUGGAAGAUGCGCAACUGGAUCUGGAUGAUGCCAGGAAGUCGCGGAGAGAUUUACAAAUGCAGCUGAAUCUGGCCAACGCCAGGGUCGGCCAGUCAACCGCGGACUGUGAAUCAAUGAGGAACCGGAAUCCAUAUAUUACGGUGCUAAUUGAUGGAGAUGGCAUGAUUUUCAGUGAAAACUUAGUUCGCCAGGGUCGCGAAGGUGGCAAGGAAGCUGCCAACGCCCUCCGAAAUACCGUACUCGAAAACUGCGAGUUUGCAGAGGAAAUCGAAGUUAUGGCAAAAGUUUGUGCAAAUGUUACUGGGUUAUCGAAAGCUAUGUUACGGGAUGGCUUCCUCGACAGCGGGGACGACCUCAGGGAGUUUACAUUAGGAUUUACACAAGGGAAGGCCUCAUUUGACUUUGUCGAUGUUGGGCAUGGGAAAGAACGGGCGGAUUCAAAAAUAAAGGAAUGCCUACGUUGGCACCUUCGAAACCACAAUUGUAAACAAAUUCUUCUGGGUAUCUCUCACGAUGCAGGCUACGCCCCUUUCCUCGACGAAGUAGUUACCCCAAAUGACCGAUGCCGAAUUACAAUAAUCGAGGGUUACCCCACAGUCCGCGAGCUCGCCGCGACUGGACUGCAAAUCUUAAACUUCGGUAACAUUUUCCGUUCAGAAAAACUCGUUUCUCGUUUAGUCAGUCCGCCCUCUACUUGGGCAGGUGUCACAUCUACAGCAGCACCACCUCCAUCCGCAUCUCCUAUUACACUUAAAAAUGGUACUGCUACAGUCAAAAACUCCGCAACACAUUCAGUGUCAAAACCUAAUUGGGUUCCUACCCCCCGUGGUCUUGAUCCACCUAUCACUGUCAAUCCCACUGCGCUGGACAAAAUAAAACGCCGCACGGCAAACAACAAGCUUUGUAAUAACCAUUACCUCCGCGGGCCCUGCGCCAAAGGCGAUGAAUGCUGCUUUGAGCACGAUUAUAAUGCCACCGAUGACGAUCUCAAGGCUAUUGCUUAUUUGACGAGAUUAAAUCCGUGUUUAAAUGGCCAACAUUGCGAGUUGGACUAUUGCAUUUAUGGGCACCAUUGUCCAAGCGUGGCAUGGAUUACCGCACCAAACGGAAAGGAUAAAGAGCCUGUGUGCCAAGGCUUUGGGUGUCGCUUCUCGAAGGAAGACCAUCCGCCAGGUACCGUUAUCAAACAUCCUCGAAAGGAGAGAUGGGAGAAGGAAUACGAGCGUUAUUAG